AUGUCAACUGCAGGGGUGAGGCUGCAUAUUCAAGGUGGCCAUGUGGUGAUGGAUAAUGGCAUACUCCAAGUUACCUUAUCAAACCCGGAUGGCAUUGUCACUGGAAUACGAUAUAACGGGAUUGAUAAUGUGCUUGAACCUCUCAAUAAGGAAACUAACAGAGGGUAUUGGGACCUUGUUUGGAGUGCACCAGGAAGUAAGGGAAUAUUUGAUGUGAUAAAUGGUACAAGUUUUAGAGUUAUUGUGGACAAUGAGGAGCAGGUCGAGGUCUCAUUUACAAGAAUGUGGGAUCCCUCCCUUGAGGGGAAAUAUGUUCCGCUAAACAUAGACAAAAGGUUUGUAAUGCUGCGUGCUUCCUCGGGCUUCUACUCCUAUGCAAUUUAUGAGCACUUGAAGGAUUGGCCUGAUUUCGAGAUUGGUGAAACUAGAAUAACCUUCAAAUUGAGAAAAGACAAAUUCCAAUACAUGGCUGUAUCAGACAACAGGCAAAGGUACAUGCCCCUACCUGAUGACCGGUUACCAGGAAGAUGCCAAACACUGGCCUACCCAGAAGCAGUCCUACUUGAAACUCCCAAGAUGAAAGAGCUUGCUGGAGAGGUGGAUGACAAGUAUCAAUACUCGUGUGAGAACAAAGAUAAUAAGGUUCAUGGGUGGAUAUGCACCAACCCACCAGUUGGGUUCUGGCAGAUCACGCCCAGUGAUGAAUUCCGAUCUGGUGGACCUCACAAACAGAACCUAACCUCACAUGUCGGCCCUACCACUCUUGCUAUGUUUCUGAGUGGUCAUUAUGCGGGACAAGAUCUGGUGCCAAAAUUUAGAGGUGGUGAACCAUGGAAGAAGGUUUUUGGCCCUGUUUUUAUCUAUCUUAAUUCUUCUGCAAUUAAAGAUGAUCCAUUUUGGCUAUGGGAGGAUGCUAAAAUACAGAUGAUGACAGAAGUACAAAGCUGGCCAUAUAGUUUCCCAGCUUCUGAGGAUUUCCAAAAGUCGGAUCAACGGGGUAAUGUGAGUGGUAGACUACUUGUUUUGGACAGGUAUAUUUGUGAAGAACUCGUACCAGCAAAUGGUGCGUAUGUUGGUCUGGCCCCACCAGGAGAUGUAGGAUCAUGGCAAAGAGAAUGCAAGGACUAUCAAUUCUGGACGAGGGCAGAUGACCGUGGCUAUUUUUCAAUUAGCAACAUACGUACUGGCACAUAUAAUCUUUAUGCAUGGGUACCUGGUUUUAUUGGAGAUUAUCGGUAUGAUGCUGUCAUUAACAUAACCUCAGGUUCUUUUAUUGAAAUUGGUGAUCUUGUGUUUGAACCUCCAAGAGAUGGGCCAACAUUGUGGGAAAUAGGCAUUCCGGAUCGUUCUGCUGCAGAGUUUUAUGUUCCUGAUCCUGAUCCAAAUCAUAUUAACAAAUUGUUUGUUAAUCAUCCUGACAGGUUCAGACAGUAUGGGCUGUGGAACAGAUAUGCCGAGUUAUAUCCUCAUGAGGACUUGGUGUACAUUGUUGGUGUUAGUGAUUAUGCUAAAGAUUGGUUCUUUGCUCAGGUUCCCAGGCAAAAAGAGAACGGACAUGAAGGAACAACAUGGCAAAUUAGGUUUGAACUAAGAAAUGUGGAUCGGAACAGCACCUAUAAACUACGGGUGGCGAUUGCAUCUGCAACUCUUGCUGAAUUGCAGGUUCGGAUUAACGAUCCAAAUUCGAGGCGACCUCUGUUUACAAGUGGAUUGAUAGGGAGGGAUAACUCCGUUGCAAGACAUGGAAUUCAUGGGAUUUACUGGCUGUAUAACGUGAAUGUACCAGGCGCUCAGCUCGUUGACGGGACUAAUACUUUCUUCUUCAAACAACCAAGGUGCACCAGUCCUUUCCAAGGACUCAUGUAUGAUUAUAUUCGAUUUGAAGGUCCCCCAUCUUGUGGUUCGAGUUCAUCUUAG